AUGGCUCUUCUUCAUCAGAGUUCCGCUGAAACAGUUGAUUCCGCUUUGGAUUUGUUCAGUCUACCACCCACACAGACAUCAGUCGAGAAUGGAAUGUACGUGGAAUUCCUUCCCUUGUCAUCGCUAGGACCAUCGGCUACUGUUGAAUUCGCUAUCAACCAGAAGGGCUCGAGUGAGUUUCUAGACCUCGCCAACACCUACCUUUAUGUGAAAGCCAAGAUCACUAAAGCAGAUGAAAGUUCACUAGAUGAGGGUGCUGGGGUGGGACCGGUGAACAACUGGUUCCAUUCUCUUUUUUCACAGGUAGAUCUAUCCCUAAACAACACGCUCGUUACCCCGAGUGAAAACAUUUACCCUUUUCGAGCCUAUCUCGAAAGAGUUUUGAAUUUUGAUUCUGGAGCAAAACAAAGCCAGUUUACGUCUGAAAUGUUUUACGCCGACAGUAGCGGACAUUUCGAACAAGUCAAGGGGGACGAAAAUGCAGGUAUGAAAUUCAGAUGUUCUCUGACUGCCUCUAGUAAAGAGGUAGCAAUGUACGGUCGUCUUCAUGUGGACAUCAUGAAUACAAACCGCUACCUCUUGAAUGGAGUUGACGUGAAGCUACGUUUGGUCAAAUCCAAAGAGUCUUUUCAUCUUAUGGCGGAGGGUGCCGGUUUUAAAACCAGUCGAAGUCUAACCCACGUUUCCCUAUUUGUGCGAAAACUGAGGGUCAACCCUUCAGUACAAAUUCCUGUCAACAAGGCUUUGGAGUGUACAUCAGCCCGUUACCCCGUUAAAAGAGUGACUAUCAAAUCUUUUUCUAUAAGUCGGGGAAAUCUUGGGAGCACACAGGACAAUCUAUUCCUGGCCCAGCUCCAUACACGCCUUCUCGUUUGUUUCGUCGACAGUGAUGCUUUUAAUGGUAAUUUUACCAAAAACCCAUUCCAUUUCAAACAUCACAACGUGUGUUACGUUUCCCUGUUUCUAGACGGACAGCAGAUACCUUCCUCCCCACUCACACCGGACUUUGAAAACAACCAGUUUGUGAGAUCUUAUCAUCGUUUGUUCAUUGAACUCGGACUCGCUUCUACAAAUGAAGGAAACUGUUUGAACAUGAGCGACUUUGCAGCUGCUUACUGUAUCUUCGCUUUCGAUCUAUCACCAUCUCCUUUAGACGGUGAUCAAAUUGAAUUGAUCCGUUCUGGAUCACUACGCUUAGAAUUAAAGUUUGCGAAGCCGCUGCAAGAACCUAUUCAUGUUUUGAUGUAUGGAGAAGUGGACAGCCUGAUAGAAAUUGGCAGAAAUCGUGAAGUGGUGACUGAUUUCACAGCAUUUGGUAUUGGUUAA